AUGGUACGCAAUUAUGAAGAAUUCUCUCCUAAAUUUGUGUACCAACCCGGUAAAACCAAUGUAGUAGCAGACGCACUUUCCCGUCUUCAGUUAAACCAUUUAUCAAACGAAUCGGAAGAUUCAGAGCACUCGGUACAGAGUAGCGAAAACAAUCAAAUACAGGAAACACAAAAACCAUUAAAUCAGUUUAAACAGCAAAUUAUACUAAUUUUCGACGUGGAUAUUCGAUUCCUAUCAAUCAGUAAAUUAUUGCGCGAAUGCCGCGUCAUAGCAGCAAAGACGCAUCAUUCAAUUAGCCGCAUCACCGGUGAUUUGGAGGACGAGCAUUACCUGGAGCUCGCUUCGAAACUACCCAUGUCAUCGGAAGAGCACGUGCGCUUCGUGGAAGAAAAACUUUUCCAAAAGGAAAGCACGGAUGCUAUGAUGCGGCUAAUAUUGAAGUCGAAGGGCGCAAAAGGCAGUGUGGACGGCGUACUACGUGGUUUGUUUUCAGACGAUGUAAUGUACCAUUACAAUUUAGAGGGGCGCAAGGAGAAGAAAUCCCUACUAAAACUAAAAUGCGUAGGGUUAGUUUUUGAUAUAUUUCCUGACAAGGAUAAAAACAGUAUAUAUGGGGAGCUCCGGAGAUUUGUGGCCUUAAGCCACAAUCGUUAUAAACAGAAGAAACAUAAACUAAGGGCUAAAUUAAUAUAAGUUUUAUUAUUAUUACUUAUAUAUAUUAGUUUUAAGUUGUAAAUAUUAGUUUUAAGUUGUAAAUAUUAGUUUUAAGUUGUAAAUAUUAGUUUUAAGAUGUACAUAUUAGUUUUAAGUUGUAUAUAUUAGUUCUAAGUUGAAGUGUCUAAUUUUACGUUUAAAAAUAUGAAUUUUUACAAUUAUAAUUUUUAUACUCAAAUAACUUGUAUAUAAUUUUUCUGCCGAAUGCAAUAAUAAUAGGCAUAUUAUUAAUUUAAUUAAUAUCUGAUUUUGAUUUUAUUAUUAAAUAAAGCAAAAUAAUUUAAAAAAAUGACUUUUAUUUAAAAGAAUUUAAUUUGCUAGAAGUAAAAAUGGGUAACAGAUAAUAUUGUUACUGCUUGUUCUUCCUAACAUGCUUAUAUGUUAAAGGUAACAAACUAAUAACCAAAAUAAUAACACUAACAGAUAUUCGGGUAACAAAUACUUUUUGUUAUCCAUAACACAUGGGUAAGCUAAGCGCUAACAAAAUAAUUUGUUACCCGUAACAUGCUGUGAAGAGAUUUGCUAACAAAUGUGUGUAUUCUGUAAGAACAAGGCAGCAUGCGAUAUUUGCCAUUGGUUAGAGCGAGAUAACCAUUGAACAUUAAAUAGCUAUGUGUUACUUUUUUCCCACUCUCUGAACAAAAGUAACAAAUAUUUUAACGAAUGCAAAAGUGAACAAUAACAACUCGUUUACACGUUUGCUAACAACUACCCGUCUUGCAGGGUAGGCUUAUGAUACGAGAAAUACGAUACAUAUAUUUUA